AUGGUCAGCUCCUGUUGUGGCUCCACCCGAGUGAGCCAAGGCUGUGGCUCUGGCUGUUGCGGCUCCAGCUGCUGCUGCCAGCCUUGCUGCCGCCGCUGCUGUACUUCUAGCUGCUGCCAGCCUUGCUGCCGCCCCAGCUGCUGUACCUCUAGCUGCUGCCAGCCUUGCUGCCGCCCCAGCUGCUGUACUUCUAGCUGCUGCCAGCCUUGCUGCCGCCCCAGCUGCUGUACUUCUAGCUGCUGCCAGCCUUGCUGCCGCCCCAGCUGCUGUACUUCUAGCUGCUGCCACUGCUGCCAGUCAUGCUGCCGUCCCUGCUGCUGCCACCCAGCUGCUGCACUUCUAGCUGCUGCCAGCCCUGCUGCGCCCUGCUGCUGCCGCCCUGCUGCUGCCAGCCCUGCUGCUGCCCCCAUCUGCUGCCAGACCACUUGCUGCAGAACUACCUGCUGCCGCCCAACCUGCUGUGCGCCCUGCUGCUGCAUUUCUAGCUGCUGCCAGCCAUGCUGCUGCCGCCCCAGCUGUUGUCCUAGCUGCUGCCGCCCUGCUGCUGCCAGUCCUGCUGCCGCCGCCCUGCUGCUGCCGUCCCAGCUGCUGUACUUCGAGCUGCUGCCAACCCUGCUGCCGCCCCAGCUGCUGUACUUCUAG